AUGAGGUCUGACUGGGAUUACCUCAUGGAAAUUUACAUCGGCACACCGCCGGUCAAGCAAUUGGCGAUCGCUGAUACCGGCAACGAAAUCACCUGGACUCAAUGUCAACCAUGUUUAAAUUGUUACAGGCAAAAUCAACCCAUAUUUAAUCCCAUGGAGUCAUCAUCCUAUAAGGUAUUGUCAUGUAGUUCAAGUGAAUGUCAAAAUAAGAGACAAGACCUUAUAAGUAUUAAUUGUGAUCCUAGAAAUAGUAAUAGCAAAUGUGAUUAUGGUAUAACCUACGAUGAUGGUUCCACCACCAAUGGGGUACUAGGCUAUGAAAUGUAUAAAUUGGGGCAUGGUUACAUCUUGAAAAUGGCUUAUGGGUGCGCGUAUGACAACCGAGGUAAUUAUCAUGAUACAUCUGCUGGCAUAGUUGGGCUCGGAAAUGGGGAUCUCUCAUUCGUUGGCCAGAUUCGCAAAUUAAUUGGUGGGAAGUUCUCAUACUGCCUAGUGCAUUGGUCUAAACUAAAUGAGAAAAGCCAAAUCAACUUCGGUGCUAACGCAAUCAUGUCUGGGCGCGGAGUGGUAUCCACACGAUUGGUUAGAAAGAGUCCUAGGGCAUGGUAUCAUGUCACAUUGGAAGCAGUCAGCAUAGGAAAUACUAGAAUUCCAUUCAAUAAUAAUGUUAUUGAGGCAGGUAAUAUAGUGAUGGACUCAGGAACAAUGCCAACGCGUUUACCGAUGGAUAUGUACCAAAAACUUGAGAAUGCAAUAAGAAGCGUGAUUAGAGCCAGACCGGUACAAGAUCCAUCUGGGGAAAUGAGCCUUUGUUAUAAGAAGGUCGAUAAUUUUAGAAUUCCGACAAUCAUUUACCAUUUUGCGGGAGGUGCUGAUGUGGUUUCGGAGACGGAUAAUACUAUUAUUCCAUUGGAGGGUAUUUUGUGUCUAGCUAUACUCCCAUCUAUUAAUAAUUUAGCCAUAUAUGGGAGCUUGUCCCAAAUGAACCAAUUGAUUGGGUAUGAUCUUGAGAAAAAUAAAGUUUAUUUCAAGCCAACUAUUUGCUAA